GGCAGUAUGCCGGCCGCAUGUAGCUGCUUCCAUACAUAUAUAUGGAAAUCGUGUCACAUCUGACUGUAUAACUUACGCUGAGACGAUACCCCUACCGGUCUGCACGAUAGGCUCAUCAUGGAUAGCUUCAAAAGCCUGGCAUCGUCUUUCACCAACAAGAUCGGUCUGACGUCUGGCGAUGGCGAGACAGCUACCCCUCAACCGAUCAUGGCUAGUGGAGAUCAGGGUAUGAGCCAUCCAGACAUACUAUCUGACGCCCUUCAAGGACGAGACCGGAGCGAGACCCGCUCGUACCCGCUCGACAAUCCAUCGUCGAACCACGACGGAAAACGUUCAGGAGAGCACCCGCCGAGGAUGACUCUGACGACCCGUGCCUCAGUUCCAGGCGAGACAGACCUGCGUUCGAAGGAGGAGCGCAGCUUAUCCACAAUCCAGAGAAUGGAGCGAGAGAAUACAAGGCUCAGACAAGACCUUUACGAGACGAGGCGUGAUUACGCUAAUAUUGAGCGCUCUGCUCUGCGCUACAAAUCGGAGAGAAACACUUCGCGUUCAGAGGUCGAGCUGGCUCAAAGAGAGAUCAGCAACCUUCUGAAGACACAAGAGAUUCUGCACCAGGAGAAUACUCAGCUCAAGGCGUUACUCGAGACUCGCCGGCAAGAGCUACAGGACGCCCAGCGCUUCAUGGGGACGGUAGACACGGUUGCGGAGAGCGAGGUUGUUCAGGAAGUCGACAGCUUGAACGCGGAGACGUUCAAUCUGGCGCGAUCAAUGGCCGAUCAAGCCUCGCCUGACCCAAACCAGAAUGCACAGCACGACGCAAUAGAGCGAGCGACAACUGCCCUGGGUAGCCCGUUCGUGGCCGUGCUCAAGUCUACGGACACACGUGGAGAUACCAUCCUACUCGAGAUCGCCAUACGAGUUGCUGCGACCCAUUUCCUUUCUCAGACCAUUUGCACUUGGACGACCAGCCCUGAAGAUGACGGCAUUUUGGCAUCUGUAUAUGAGAAGAUUCGCAGUUCCGAGAACCAGAGUGUAGUGGGUCAAUGGCGCGCAUUGACUCGCACGUUUGCGCAGGACAAGCUCGACAUGCAGCAGCUCGAGGACGACUGCAAUCGGCACCUCGCCAUAUUGAUUUUGGACGUUUUAUCAGUAGCGCGUAUGCGCCCCUCUCCGGGUGGCAACCCAGAGUACGCUCUGCAAAUUCUCGUCGGAAAGGCCCUCAAGAUCCGCCAACUCAUCGGCGAGGCCUUGAAGAGCAGUGAAUACGAGAUUUUCCUCCCGCAACCGGAAGCGGCGUUCGCGGCCGCGGACAUGGAGGACACAUACGAUCCGAGAGGAAAAGGGGGACGCACGAGGUCGCAUGUUCUUUGUUACGUAGCUUUGGGGCUUCGGCGGGUUGAAAAGGUCAAGAGGGAGUUACAAUCGGUGACGCUUCUCAAAGCGGGGGUAUGCCUCCAAACGCUUUUGGCGGAUCUUGAUUUGGUGGACGGGGACGAUGAAAGCAUGUCCACCUAGUGGAGUUGGGACUGGGAGCUUAUUAAUCAUGCAAUUAGCCACCGAACUCUGUGAUUUGAAGUGUGUAUACGAACCUUGUACCGUUCAAGUUGCGUGCGAGAUUACCAACGAUGAUGAGCGUUACAUUCCUGGUUCCGGCA